AUGGCACUUCACCGCGACAUUGCAGAGGCCCUUCAGAGGGCCGCGAGGCGGCGUCACCGAGACACUGCGCUGCGCAAGGAAGCACAGAAGAAUGCGCUUGUGGCCGAGGACUACCAUACCCUGCAGAGGCAGCUGAACAGCACCCAGUUCAUCCAGCCGCUCGAUGCAGCCACGACCAAGUCGAAUAUUUACUAUAUCAAAAAAAGAUUCAUUAGAUUUUGCCAUGCGAAUAAACACGGCGACUGGCGCAAGGCGCUGCAACCGCAGCACUGCGACAAAGGCUUCAUCAUGACCUUCCUUCACUGGAUAUGCGAAUCAUACCUGCAACCAAGACGCAAGAGGUCGAAGAAGAAGAGCGUCAAUCAAUACUGGCGCGAUUUCAAAAUGCUUUACCGCCGCUGUAAUGACGGCAAGAUUGUCAACCCAAACCAUUGCGAGGAAAUCAGAAAGUAUAUCAAUGACAAACUCAAAACAAAGUUCAACCUAGAUGACGAACCUGGAUCUAAGCCCGUCCUGAGCGUGGACGAUCUGCUUCUCGGCCUCACGCAUCAUUGGUCGCGCGACCGGAGUGUGUUCCCUACUGAGGAUGACCGCCUGGAUGUUGCAGCCAUUAUGCUUUUUCAGGCAUACACGGCAUGCCGGCCCGCGGAGCUUGUCGAUGGGACGAAACGAAGAGGGACUGGAGACCCGUUGCUGGAUGACUCGGGUGUGGAAGAUACGUCGAGCAGCAAGGCUGCGGAGAAUUGCGCAGUGCGAGGUGGCAGGCGGCAACAACGCAAAUCGGCCUCCGCCACCGGCAGAAUGAGCCGGCAGCGAAAUUCAACCCGCAGAUCAGGCCCUGCGUCCGAGUCUGACUCUGAUUCCGAUGAUUUUACUCUUGACAGCGGGGAGGAAAGCGACGACGGGGAAAUCGACACCCACCAGGACGAUACGAGCGACACGGAGUACAGCGAUGAUGGUGAAGAAGACAUCGACAUGCUUCAGACAGAACCAAAGCCUGACCAGCUAGCUGGCAAUGCUAAGAAGGACGAGGAUCAAGAGGCGAUUCGGCUGCAUAAAGCAUUAUGCUAUGAAGACAUCGUCCUCUGGGUCGUCAGGGACCCGAAUGGUGGGGGCCGCGAUGUACUGGCCAUGGAGGUGUUCUUUCGCCACCAUAAAGGCGCAGAGAAGAAGCCCAAACCGUGUGUAUUACGCGUUAUUCAUGAUUGCAAAUUGGGUUACUGA